AUGGUGCGCAGCCGCAACUACAACCAGCCAGGGCGGUACCGGGGCGUGCGGAAGCGGGGGGAGUUUCGUUACAUUGCAGAGAUUAAAGACACCACUAACGGGGUCCGCAGGUGGUUGGGCACGUUCCGUUCUGCAGAGGACGCUGCCAAGGCGUUUGAUGAAGCUGCUCUGAAAAUCCGAGGAGCAAAGGCGAAGCUUAACUUCCCAGGCCGGUAUCUUCAGAAAGGGGGAGGGGCAGUAGCACUGGGCUCGGAUCCUGCAGCGUCAUUGGGUGCAGCGACUAGGAUGGAAACAGCAGGAAUGGUAGCAGGGCAGGUGGGAGGAGAGACUGGCAUGGGAGUGCAACCGGAAUCAACAGACGACGCAGGUGCAAGAUCAGGGGCUAAGGAGCAGGCUUUAUCUGCACUGGAGGGGGGAGGAGAGGAGGAGGAGGAGGAGGAGGAGGAGGAGGAGGAGGAGGAGGGGGGGGAGGAGGAGGAGGAGGAGGUGGAGGAGCAGGGCGGCGUUCAUAUCCAUGCCACUAUCCCCACUCACACCUCAGAAUGCAACCCAAUGUUUAUUGGUCCCACCCUGAAUUGCCACUCAGUCCUACCGGAGGAGAUGCCUAGUGCGAUGAUAAAUGGACUGGGAAUGUUGGGAUUGGACUCACUGGGAGCAGAUCUGGACGGCUUUGAGGAGUUGAAUUUUGAGGAGAUGGGAUUAGAGAUGGCAGAUGGUUUGGCAGAUGGUGAGGGGGAGUGGAGCUCUUUACUAGCAGAGCAAUUUGCUCAGCAGCUGGGGGCAAUUGACGAAACCGAUGGGGUUGGAGGGAGUGGGGUUGGUGUUGCAACAGGCAAGGAGGGAGUGGAAGAACGGGAGGUGCCUUCAGAGGAAGAAAUGGAGGAAGGCGGGGAACGGGCAAUGGAGGAAGGCGGAGCGAUGGAGGAGGAAGAGGGUGCGAUGGAGACAUGGACGGGAAUAGACGAGCGUUUGACGAUGGAAAUGGGGCCGCCUGUUCGAUACUUCCAGCUGCCCAGCGACAAGGAUUUCCCUCACGAAAGCAGUAAGCAAAUGCUGAAAACUGAAGGGAUGGAGAGACAGCAAGGAGGCUGGACAGUGUCUGAGGGUGAGAACAAUCCUGGUAACUACAUGAUGGCAAUGCAGCCAAGCCAACAGGCGGUGCCAUCUCAAGUAGGGAUGGAGGGGCAGGAAGGUGGCUGCACAACUUCUGAGGUUGAAAACGGCCGUGGUGGCUACAUAAUGGCAAUGCAGGCAAGCCACCAGGCGGUGCCGUUCCAAGCUGCCCAGACUGCCCAGACUGCACCAUCUGAUCCAUCAUCCUCCCAAUGGCACCAGCCAGGUCAACGGGGAGAAUGGGCCGAGCAAGGUCAAGCGGUCCGAGGGGCAGGUGUGGCGGUGGGUGUGGCAGCAGCAGGUCCAUCCGGCCAUCUAGGUGUGGAGCAGAUUCGUACUCCAGUAGAAACCUCAGCACUGGCAGCGGGGCAGCACGCAGUGACAGGGGAGGAAGCAUUGGAAAGGCAGCAAGCGUUGGCUAGGCCGCAAACAGCAGGGCUGCCAGUCCCAAGCGAGCCACAAGCCGUUUCAUGGGGUUUCAGUGUCGAGGUGUCCGGAGGAUUUAUGACGCCUGGCGAGGAUGCUUCCCUGCUAGAGGCGAAGCUAGAAGCAGUAGAGGAGAUGGAGGUACCCAGCAUGACAGCCGGUUCAGCUUUGAGACGUCUCAAAACUGGAUUUAUGGCGCCUGGAGAGAAUGGCUCCGUGCAAGAAGCAGUAGAGGAGAUGGAGGUACCCAGCAUGACAGCAGGUUCAGCUUCCACCAUGCCUACAAGCUGGCAUGCUGAGACAAUGCAGUAUGCGCAUGCCAUGAUGUCUCCUUUUGGGCCGUUUCAAGGGCAUCAUCCCAGCGCGCGGAGCUACUGUCAAGGGGUGCUGCAGCAUGGACGGCUGGAGGGGCAGCAGAGGUCGUUGUUGGAUGAUAAAAGGAUCCAGCUGCAGCAGCAGGAGCAGCAGCAGGAGCAGCAGCAGGAGCAGCAGCAGCAGCAGCAGCAGCAGCAGGAGCAGCAGCAGCAGCAGCAGCAGCAGCAGCAGUGA